AUGAAGCUGCUGAAUGCUGGGAUCAUCUAUCCAAUAUCUGACAGCAAUUGGGUUAGUCCGGUACAUGUUGUUCCUAAGAAGGAUGGUGUCACAGUGGUGAAAAAUGACAAGAAUGAGCUGAUCCCUACAAGGACAAUUACUGGCUUCUUCCAGAUUCCUAUUCAUCCUGAUGACCAAGAGAAGACCACCUUCACUUGUCCCUAUGGUACCUUUGCCUACCGCAGAAUGCCUUUUGGUCUCUUUUAUGGGUCUUCAUUCAAAAGCUGUUUGGAUAAUCUCUGUAAGGUGCUAGCAAGGUAUGAAGAGAAGCAUUUGGUACUUAACUGGGAAAAAUGUCAUUUUAUGGUUAGAGAUGGUNCUGACAGCAAUUGGGUUAGUCCGGUACAUGUUGUUCCUAAGAAGGAUGGUGUCACAGUGGUGAAAAAUGACAAGAAUGAGCUGAUCCCUACAAGGACAAUUACUGGUCAUCGGAUGUGCAUAGACUACAGGAAGCUGAAUGCUGCAACAAGGAAAGAUCACUUCCCACUUCCUUUCAUUGACUAG